AUGGGACCCCGGCCUACAAAAGCAGCCCUAGGGGCCUUAGGAGCAAAUUUCAAUGAAAAGCUUACAUGGGUGGACCAUAGCGAGCUGGAGCGCGUCAACGCGCAGUGGAUCCGCGGCUUCAUAGACAUGCAUCAAAUCGAAGCACUGCAUGCUGCCCAGGACCCCAACAUGCAAGCUCUCUUCAGAGCCAUAGAUUCCGGCUACAACACCAUUCUCAGCCUCAAGUGGAACUACACCAACCUCAGCUUUCCAGCCGUGAACAGCGCCGCAAUCAUCACCGAGCUCGAGUGUCUGGACCGCAUACUCCCACUAGUCCUGGGCAAGGUUGAUAUCCUAGUGAUAGGAAACGAGCCCUUCAUCGAAGUCCAACAAGGCCACGCAGAUGCAAGAUUAAACAUCUUCUAUGAAACGCUAGCCGACAAGGUCAUCAAUUUCCGCAACACACACAACAUCACCUCGACAAAAUUAUACAUGGGCGCUCUAAACAGACUAGACCUCCCCGCAAAACGAACUCCAGCUAUCGAGCGGAUGCUCCACUUCAUCGCCUCAAGGCCGGAGCUCGAAGGCGUGGAUCUACAUCCCCACAUGCCAACUCUACAGGGCCAUCGGAUCAUGCUGGAGUACGUCAUUCCGCGUAUCCGGCCUGAUCAACGCUUCCUGGCGACUGAAUUCUCGCUGGUCUGGCACUGGAAGAAACACAUGUCGGACGCGGUUUCGGGGGCUUUCUGUGCCAAAUAUGGGUUUCCGGCUGGGAUCAAGGUUCACCAGGUUAUUAGUGCUGCUAUGCAGAAGCCGUGGCCCUAUGCGCAGUGGGAGGAAUUUUUGAGUUUGGAGCCCUGGUACGUGCAGUGUCGGUCUUUUAUCACUGAUGCCAUGAGGCUUUAUCGUUCCACGGGGAGGCUUGAGGUUGCUACUUAUUCGUUUUGUCCCAUGCGGUUGAGGAGACUGCCACUCCCUGCGACUGGGGAUCCGUGGAUGCUGAAUGGGGUUUAUGCGCCUUCGACGGUGCAGGUGAGACCGGAUGGGUCGAGGUAUGAGAAUUUUCCUUGGGCGGAGGAGUUUAGGAGGGUGCAGAGGGGUGAGGUGUAA